AUGAUUUGUUUCCACAAGAGCAAUCUUCGAUACAUGUUGUCAGAAGUCAAGGAUAAGAGUGGUAACAGAGAAGACGAUUUGUUUCCUGUGAGUAGAAGUGCUUACAAUCAGAAGGGAUCGUCAGUUGGUUCUGAUGUUGGGUCACCAUACACCGAUAAAUCACCCAAUCAUCAUGUGCAAAUAGUCGAGAAGACAAAAACAUUGAUGGAGAGAUUAAAAUCUUACAUGCAUGAGAUAUCGGAUAAUUUCAUAAACGGUCUUCUUUCAGACAUGGCCUUGGCACUUCUCGCUGAUUAUUUGGAUACAGAAGACGCUUCCUCUGAGACAUGGAGCAAACAUUCCCUUGCUUUAGGAACCAAAGGUGGUUCAAGUGGGUCCCCAGUCGUUGAUUGGGAAGGACGAGCUGUUGCCUUAAAUGCUGGAAGAAAAUCUUCAAGUGCUUUAGCGUUCUUCUUACCUUUAGAACGAGUGGUUAAGGCUCUAAAUUUCUUACAGAAGGGAAUAUAUUCAAUUCAAGAUAAAUGGGAAGCUAGUGCUGACUCAUUGUUUGAUGGUAGAAGCACCUCAGAAUCCAUACGAGACACUAGAGCAAUUGCAAGUUCUCGAGCUAUUGAAAUUGGGCUUGAUAUUCUAGCACAAACAAUCCAGGAUGAUUUAGAUAACAUAACUCGUUUUCUAAUACUAGCAAGAGAACCUAUAAUCCCAGGAAUUGACAAGCCCCAUAAGACGAGCAUUGUGUUUACAUUAGAAGAAGGACCUAGGGUCUUGUUCGAUUCUUUAGCUGUGUUUGAUCUAAAGGAGAUCAACUUAUCAAAAGUAACCUUCUCAACAACAACAUUCUACUUAAGUAGGUGAGUAAUCAAAGAUUAAGGGAGAUUUGUAAUCAUGUUUGGC